UUGCACCUGCACCACUCCCUUAUCCGCUGGGCCUAGCAUGUCUUUGUUCGUAACCGUGCAGCCCUGCACUAACUGUGAGCUUCUCAACUCCAUCCAUGGAGGCCAUGGCCAGGGCAAGCGUAGCUUCCUCGGUGCAGCUCCGCCCGUGCCCGAGGCCGCCCCGGAACCGCUGCCUACCGUCCUCCGUGCGCCGUCCCGGGCGACGGGGUGUUGCUUGCUCGGCCUCCGCGGCCGACGCCGACGUGGUCGACCUCUUCGACGCCGCCAAGCUCACGGUGGACAAGUUCGUGAAGAGCGGCAUGGUGGUCGGUUUCGGCUCCGGCCCGGCGUCCGCCCUGGCGGUCCAGUACCUCGGCACGCGCCUCCGCCGGGGAUCUCUCACCGACAUCGUCGCAGUAACCUCGUCCGUGCUCAGUGCAAGCGAGGCAGACAAGGCAGGGAUACGGGCUAGCAGCUACCAGGAAGGAACCCAACUUGAUUUUGCUUUCACUGAUGCUGAAGUAAUCGAGGAGGGCACGCUGGCUGCUGUCAUCGGGCGGCGCAAGACCGAGAGUGGAGAGCCCUCUUUCAUGGUGGAGAAGACAAUGGUUAAAUCAGCUGAUAAACUUGCCUUCAUCACUGGAAAUGACAAAUACCUGACAGGCAUCGAGGGUUCCAUUCCAGUCCUGGUUAAAAGUGGAAAUUGGAUAGACACUGCUGAAGAGAUCGAUGAUUUGUUCCUAGGGGAUGCAGAGGUUUGGAGGAGGCCAUCAUUUGGGACUGCUGGUCCACUGGGGGGUGAUCACCCAUUGGUCACCAAGGAGGGUCAUCACGUACUCGAUGUGAUCUUUACGACUCCCAUCCCUGAUCUUGGCCAGGUAGCAGAGAAGCUGGAGAAAAUUGCUGGCGUUGUGGAUCAUGGGAUUAUUUGCAGCAAGCAAUCAUAUGCGGUGAUUGCAUCGAAGGGGGAAGUGCAGGUUAUUGAGGAGAAAUCCUCAGUGAUACCAUAGUGCUGCAGAAUCUUCCAGUUGCCUGCAGAGGCGCCAUUUUUCUCCACAUUCCGGAUAAGAGUCUACUUCCAAGUUGGCUGGAAAAUGCCGAGAGUUAAUCGUAUAGUAGCAGCGUAUUUCAUCUUCUCACUACCCAACAUCCUCAUCAAUGCUGUUAUAUAUAUGCAUCAGUAUGCAAAAUCUUGCACUUCGGUUUCAAUGAAGAUCCACAAAUCGGCAGUCACAGACUGUUUACGUGCCGAAAAACCAUUUUGCGUUUGCUGAAUCA